CCUUUGACAUCAGAGUUGAAUCCACUCAAUAUGAUGCCUAAUCUAUCACAAAACAUGGUAAGUGGACAGACUCGAGCACUUUCGACCGAGCGCACACUAUCUGGGAUUCCAAAGUCUAAAAAUAAUCAUUGGGAAUAUCCUAGUCCACAGCAAUUUUAUAGUGCACUCAAGCGUAAAGGAAAAGAAGCUCCCGAGAGCGAGAUCUCCACCAUGGUGGACAUUCACAACUUUUUAAACGAGGCAUGCUGGGAAGAAAUCAUGAAAUGGGAAUCGAAAUACCACUGCGAUUGCAAAAACGUCAGACUUGCCAAAUUUCAAGGACGACCAGACGACCUAAGUCCAAAGGCCUGGUUCUAUACUACAUUCCGCGGAGUGGAGCAACCCUUUGAUCGACACGAUUGGACCAUCAAUCGAUGUGGAACGGACGUUCGCUACGUUAUAGAUUAUUACUCGGGGCCAGAUGAUGGCGAUAGCCCAGUUUUCAAUGUGGAUGUUCGUCCAGCACUCGACAGCCCUGUAUCCAUCUUUGAUCGUGUA